GCAAUGAAACCAUCAUCAGUCUUACUAGUUGCCACUGCAACAUCACUUGCCACUGCUCAUAAAGAGCCAGACUACGUUUUAGACCCAUCAAUUGAGUUUGAAAAGAAGCCAACGCUUGAAGACCUAUGGGGAGAAGAUUGGCCAUUUGCCGGUAUCAACACCUUUGCUCAUCUGCCAACCAUCAGAUGUCUUACAAACCCCGAAGAGGAGUUCGACAUUGCUCUUAUCGGCAUGCCAUUUGACACAGCGGUCUCGUAUAGAGCCGGUGCAAGAUUUGGGCCUCGUGGUAUUAGGGCAGCGUCCCAACGUCAAACUUCACUACGCGGUUUCAAUGCCAGGGCAGGGAUUAAUCCAUAUGACUCGUGGGCAAAGGUGAUCGAUUGUGGUGACAUGCCAAUCACUCCCAUGGACAACAAUUUGGCCUUAAAGCAAAUGACCAUGGGAUAUCGUGAGCUUCUGAAGCGCAAGACUGGUGACGAGAAACACAUUCCAAGAUUGAUCUCACUUGGAGGAGACCACUCUAUCAUCCUACCAGCUCUAAGAGCUAUACAUGACAAGUACGGGAAAGUGACACUGAUCCAUUUCGAUGCCCAUUUGGAUACGUGGCUACCGGACAAGUAUCCGUCCCAUUGGCACUCUGACCAAGCUCAGUUCACUCACGGCUCUAUGCUUUGGAUGGCAUAUGAAGAAGGCCUCCUAUCUAACAACACUAAUGUUCAUGUUGGUCUGAGAACCAGACUGAGUGACUACGGCGAUUAUGACGACGAUGACGUGCAGGGGUUCGCAAGAAUCCAUGCAGAUGAUAUCAUGACAAUGGGCAUCGACGGCAUCGUCAGCAAGAUCAAGAGAAGAAUACCGUCUGACGAGCCUGUGUAUCUGUCCAUUGACAUUGAUGUGAUCGAUCCAGGUUUGGCACCGGGAACCGGCACACCAGAAGUAGGCGGGUUUCUCACCAGAGAGUUGAUCCAGAUGCUCAGAAAGCUCGAAGACUUGAACAUCGUUGGCGCAGAUAUCGUCGAAGUUAACCCUUCGUACGACCACGCAGAAAUCACCACGCUCGCUGCCGCACAAAUCGCCUACGAGGUGAUAACCAACAUGGUUAAGAGGGGUCCACUGGAGUUUGGCCAUAACUCUGAGCCUUCCAACAAGCCUGAAACACCACUUACAGGUGAUUCGCCGGGCCUCUUCGAGCAGCUGCCAGACAUGAACUUGGGCCAAAAAGUCCUGGAGAAAAUCACUGCAAACAUCAAAAACUAGCUCACGAGC